AUGUCCAUAUCUGCGUCUGUUGGUGAGGACGUCACUCUGAACUGCUCUGUGGACUCUCACAUCACACCUGAACACAUUGAAGAGGUUUCAUGGAAGAAAACAGAUGAAGAUGAAGAUAUUCUAGUUCUUCUGUACCAAAACAAUCAGACUUUAUUAGAUUCAUCACAUGAGAGAUACAGAGACAGAGCUGAGUUAUUCACUGCAGAAAUCCCCAAAGGAAACUUCUCUCUCAGACUGAAGAGUGUCAGAACGGAGGAUAAAGGAGUUUACAUGUGUAAAGUGUUUUCUGGUGGACUUUCAGCCAGUGCAACAGUAGUACUGGAGAGACUGGGGUUGACUGUGCGCAGUCCUUCUGGUCCUCUGGUUGCUCCUCUGGGAUCUUCAGUGGUUUUGCCCUGUUAUGUUGAUGAACUCUUAUCAAUGGAGAGUCUGGAGGUAGAAUGGAGAAGAACAGACUCGGAGACUCAUGUGAUUCAUGUGUAUAAAGACGGUCAAGCAGAGUCCCAGCAUCAGGAUUAUCAUGAUCGAGCUCAUUUCUUUACUGAUCAGAUUCAACAUGGAAAGUUCUCCCUCCGUCUGGACAAUCUGACAGCUGAGGAUGAGGGACCAUACACCUGUACAGUUUCAGCUAAAAGUAAUUUGAAACUGAGUGUACUUGAUCCCUGUAGGAUACCUGAUUCAUUACUCCGUCUUCAUCUCUUUCUAGUCUUCUGUCCAAAUAUAAUCAUGUUCUUUGCUUUUGUUUUCUGGGGUGUUUCUGAAGGGUCUCUGAAUGAGUCGGUCUCUUGUUGUGCUCUUUAUUUUCUGAGGCCUAUCGUGUUGCUUUGGGCGGCUCCAUAUGUUAAAGAGUUCACAUACAACAGUAAAAGACGGAUUCUGAAAUAUGGUUAUUUUGCUGAAUAUGUCCCCUUCUCAAUUGUUGUUUAUUCAGCUCUAUUUAAAAGUACUUUACAAAAAGUUCAGUACUACCCUGAAUUUGACAAAAUUGUGAUAAAAGUCCUGUUUUCAGUAGUGAUUCUUACCUGCUUCUGCAAAAUAAUUUACGUUUUCAUUAUAGAGAUUGGAAUAAAGCGUGGAAGGAAAAUUGAAUUGUUUGACCUUGUGGCCGAUAUGACCUUUGAUAUUGUGCCUACAUUACAAUUCAUCCUCCUGUUCUACACUUUUGCAUCAAUCAGAGGAGCAUUCAUCGUAAUUGUCAUUUUACCAGUGUUACUGAUGAUGACGAACGACAGAUGGACUUUUAGAUGUGGAAGGCUCAAAUGUCCACCUUUGGUCAUACGAACAUUGAUGUUAAUCUUUAUAUUUGUGAUCAAUUCAGUGAUGCUCAUUCUUUACUGUUUGACAGUGGAAAAAAAAACAGAUCCUAUUGGAUGGGGCUGCGUGAUGGUGUUUAUGCAAAUAAUCUGGGUAGUUAUGAAGUUUACAGAUGAAGAUUUUAUUUAUCUUCGUUUUGAUCAGGCUUUUCAUCGAAGUGGCCAUGUGUAUCUAUUUGGAUCAAUUGGUUGCAUUUUACUGACCUCCAUUGCAAUAAUAACAGAAAUUAUGUUAAGAGCUAAUGGUGAUCGUACAGUUGGAGAUUUGAGAUUCAUUGUCUUUCCUUUAGAAUCUUUCUUCAUCCUUUGUGUGCUGAUUUCAGGACACAUUCCACCUAAGAUUUCGGAGAUGAAGUGUUCGCAGUGUUGUCAGGAAGGAGGAAGGUGCAAUGACCUUCCAGCUACCAGAUCAAACCAGAACCAGGAUUCUCAGAAUGCAGAAGGGUUUGAAGAAACUUCUUUCAAUGGAUCAAACCCGGACCACAAAACCGAGUAAUCACAUGAUAGCAUCAUUUACUCAACUUAGUGAUACUGAGAAAAUCCCCUUCAUACUUGGAGAAAAAAUGACAACCCAGCUGCACUAGCUGCAAAAUUUGCAUUACCCUUAUGAAUAAGAAGCACUGCAUGAAAAGCUGCGUUUCCGGACUGUUCACGUCAGCGUCCAGAACCAUGGUAUAAACCCGUACGUGCUCCAGCGUUUCUGAUUCCUGGAGACUAUCGGAAACGGACUGUUCUGUGUGCAGCGGUUUUCCAGUCCGCUCACUAACGCGAUAAACUCCCAGACACGGACAGAAAUGUUUACUCACUCACAGGUAAAUCCACGUACAUCCCUGUGCAUGACAAUAGUCUCCGCAAAAUCCAGGCAGUUAAAUUUCCGUAAACAGACACUCAUAUCUCAGUUAAUGUCUAUAAAUUACUGUAGCCUACACUUAAUAUGUUUUAAAUGCUACAGGCCUUCCAUAAAAAAAUGCGUCAUAUGCGCUCAACUGUCAACAAAGCCACAAACAGCAAGGCAUCAACACAACUCACAGCUGUUUUUGUUUUGGGAUAAUUUUUACUGAAAUAAAACAGCCUGCUGUUGAACUGAGGUCACAUAUUUAUAUAUAAUAGACAGAAUAAGCAUAUUUGGCCUGCUGUCGUCUGGGAAUGGAGGUGAGAAAAGCGGUGAUAUAUAGACUUCCUCUGAUGCUAAUUGGUUGGAUUAUCUGAAAAUGUUUCUCCUAAACUUUGUUAAAAUAAGCUUCAUUAAAAAUUGGAAGAAAAAAUAAAUAAACAAAGCUAGUCAAAGUGAUUUAGUAACUGAAUAAAAGAUAACUUUAGUAAUAGAAUGGUAUUCAAAAAAUGUGUUCAAGUUACCAGAUUGAUGACUGUUCUUUAAAUACCAGCAGUUUUCCUGAAGAACGGCAACCUUUGAUAUCUGACCUAAACACAUUAAAUAUAUAUACACAUUAAAACAUAUACAUUAAAUCACCUCAAAAUACAACAAAAUACAUUAUAGAUUUCUAAAAAUUAAAACUAAAACACUGACAUAUUAUGAUAGAUUAACAAAUGAAGACACACCAUUUCUCCUCCAAGGCUGUCUCAGGUGAAUCAGAAGUCAGCUGCAGUGUUUGGAGACUCUGAAAUCAGAAGAGCAGAAUGUGUCUAUAUGGGGAAUAUGUUACCAACUAGAGCACGAUAGGUAAAUUAACAUUAAUUAAUAAACAUGUAUAUUGUACUAAAAGCUUACUUUUAAAAAUGUAUCAUUAUGUUGCAGUUGCUAAGUUAGCAGUUAAUCAACCAUAGUUUUUCGUGGUAGUUUAUUUGUAGUAAAACUGCCGUUAGUAGUCAAACUGCCAAAGCAAAGAAACAUAGUAUACACUUAUACUAUUAUAAAAGCAUGGUUAAGAUACACGUCUAGUGUGUGCGAUAAGAAAUAUUCUGUAUCCAGAAAUCUCUGUGCAUCUCAAGUGUUUGGUCGUGUGAGGAACUCAGCACUCUUGCCUGGGAAAUUUUCUACACGGGUCGUACACCUUAAGUGUCACUGAAAUUUUCCAUGUCAGAUUUAUCUUGGAAAUUACUCUUUUCAUGCAGUGAAGUUUUUUUUUAAGUGUGCUAUUAGUAUGCUUCUUUCAAACUAAAUAAUUUAGUCUGCUUGUUAUGUAUUUUUCAGAAAUUAGCUUUAUGUACUUUUAAGAAAUAUACUUCAAAUGACAUUUCAGUAUACUUGACAUAUUAUGAAAAAGUCUAUAUAUAUUUGAGCUAUACUUGUGCUCCAAGAAUCUGUUUUCUCAUUGUUAAACAGUAGGGGGCGCUAGUACACAUCUUCUGUAAAGAAUUUCCAAAAACAAUGUGAAGAAUAAACCGAAACAAGAGAUGUGCCUUGUCCCAUACCCACACUUGCGGUCUUGGCCACUUGAGAGCACGUGUGCGAACAGGAAGUAAGUGCGCAAGACUGUACAGAUCUUAAAAACACCAAAGCACAGUGCCCUUAAUGCACACUGAAGCCACACUAUCUCAAAUACCGCUCCGGAGCGGUAUUUAAGACUUGGUGUAUCCCAUUAUGCGUCAUGUUGUGGAAAUAAAUCGCAGGAUUUUUUGCCAAGGUCAAGAGAGGUCAAGGAAACCUUUCCAAUGUAAAUGAAAUAUGAAUAAUAAUUAAAUAUUACACAUAAUUUAUUAGUUAAACAAAGUGCUACACAUUUUAAUGGUGCAUCUAGUAUUUGGAUUUUUUUAGAUCUGCUUUUUAUAAAGUAUUUUUCCAAAACUAAGUUUCAUUAGUAUUCAUGUGCCAUGGGGGUGAGGUCUAAGGGUUAGGUAACAUUUGUGAUGUAGCCAUGUGCACUUACUAGACUGUCUCAUUGUAUCGUUUAAUGCUGAAGAAGACUCUAGCCUAAUCGCUUGUUAAGUCUGACGUCACGUAGCAGCGCUUCCGUGUCCAAACGCUCUAUCAAUUACCACAAGAAAACAACAAAAGGUGCUAAUGUAAACUAACAAUGUGAUGGAAUACUAGCGAAAAAGUUAUAAUCUUAACCUUUAACUCCAUACCGAAGUCCCAGAUAGCCAGACAAUGAAAA